CGGAAAAUCAAUUAUUGACGUAGAUGACAGAAAGGCUGUGAUUUGAUUGGUUGUUGAACUUGCCUUUGGCUGUCAAAGUCGAGUGUCAUUGUCAAAAUGUAAUCGAUUUUAUGAAUUAUCAAAAUUUAAUUUUGUUUAAAGUUAAAAUUGUGCCUACUGCCUUGUGAACAAUGAACGUGUUGGUGCAAAAUUUAGUUCGAACAUUUUUGAAAACGACGAAGUGAUACAUUGAUGAGAUAGGAAAUAGGAUAUUAUGCUUUCUCUUUAAGGAAACUACUAUAAUGUUCCAGAUUAUUUAGUGCAAGUGUAUUUUAUUUCAGUACUUUAUAGUCACCAAAUGUUUUGUCAUACAAAGCCACCUAAGAUUUCCACAAAUUAUUUUGUUUCAAUAUUUUUGUUGAUGAACGCAUAAUUUAAAAUUCAAUAUAUAAAAUAAAAUGCAGACUUCAACCUUUGUGGAUGAUUGGCUAUGUUACAACACAAUUUUGGGUGAAGGAGCCUAUGGAGAAGUCAAACUUCUCAUCCACAAGAAGUCACAGGAGAAAAUUGCCUGUAAAAUCAUUGAUCACCAUAAAUACAAAGAUGCCUCUGCAGCAAUCAAUAGAGAAGUAACUAUUCAUAAACUAUUGGAUCAUGAAAAUAUUAUUAAAUAUUUUGGAAGAAGACAAGAACCUCUCAAGGAAUAUAUUUUUUUAGAAUAUGCAGCUGGUGGAGAAUUAUUUCAACUUAUUGAACCAGAUGUUGGUAUGCCACCAGCCAAUACCCAAAUGUACAUGAAACAACUCUUAUGUGGGGUCAGUUAUCUUCACUCAAAAGGAAUAGCACACAGAGAUAUCAAACCAGAAAAUUUAUUGAUAAGCAUUGAUGGUAUUCUCAAAAUCAGUGAUUUUGGCAUGGCAACUCUUUUCAGGUUCAAAGGCAGAGAAAGACUUCUUGAUAAAAAGUGUGGUACAAAGCCCUAUUUAGCUCCUGAAGUGCUGCAAAGGCCCUAUAAGGCCCCUGCUGCAGAUUUAUGGAGCUGUGGAAUAGUUUUUGUAGCAAUGAUGACAGGGGAACUUCCUUGGGCUGAAGCCACUGAUAAAAAUGAGGAAUUCCUCAAGUGGAAGAAUGAUAUUUAUAUAUCUGAAACCCCAUGGGCAAAACUAGGUAAUACUGCUUUGAGUUUGGCAAGGCAAAUAUUGAAUGUGGAUUCAAUGAGGCGUUUGAAGCUAGAGCAGAUUGAGCGGCACCCUUGGAUGAGAUUGGAAUUCAGUUUUGUGAUAUCCGGCAACCCUUUAAUUCGCUCGACAGAGAACAGCUCCGACUCGUCUGAGGACGGCUCCGAAAAACCCGCGAAACGCUGGAAUUCCAUGGUGGAAGCGGAAACGCGCAUGAACCGAGACACACCCACCGUCACCCAAUCACAACCGACCAUCAGCCACCGGCACUCCACAAUCAUGGAGGCCGUGGACAGCUUGCGCAACACGAGGCGCGAUCAAGUGUGCUUCUCGCAACCCACGCAAAACGAGGAUCUGGUGCUGCAGUUCACGCAGAGCCCUAUCACCAAGGACAACUUCCAGGAUCUGAUCAAGCGGCUGACGAGGUUUUAUGUGAAGACUGGGUUGGAGAAGACGCUGGAGGUGCUUUGCACGGUUUUGGAUUCGUUGCACUAUGGGUGGACGACUGAUGCUAAUGGGGCGGUGUCGGUGACAACUGUCGAUUCUUGCAAGAACCAAUUGACAUUCAAGGCCAAUCUAUUUGACAUGGACGGAAAGAUUCUACUAGAUUUUAGGUUAUCCAAAGGCUGUGGUUUACAAUUCAAGAAGAAAUUCUUGAAGCUCAAAGAAUGUCUCAGUGAUAUUAUCGAUAAUAAAGAUGUAAAAAUUUGAUGAUGACUUACGAAUUCCGUUAGUUGAAGUAUUUUUGAUCAUGACAGUUUGAUACCAUUAAGAUAAUGAAAUGUUCAUAAUUAAGUUGGAAAUGUUUGUACUUGUUGUAUUAUUUGUUGUAUUUGAUUUUGUUACUUCUAGUUUAUGAUGUUGGGAUGGAAAAAAUAAAUGCUGUAUCUUUUGU